AUGGAUGAAAUGACGCUCCUCAUCGACGUCAAGGCCCCCAACAUCACGGCCUACUUCCAUAGCUACCAAUUUUACAAAACUUCGUCCCCAGACAUCAACAAGGCGCUCGAGCCGACGCUGAACAUCUUCGUCGAGCAGUGGCAGCGGGGUGAGCGCCAGAUAGACACCAGCCUGCUAAUCCUGCGUGCCCCGUCCCGACGCGUAUCCGAGACGACCACCAGACUCAAUGGAUGGACUGGAAAGUCAUCAACCCAGGUCCGUCAUUAUACGGGUUACCUCUUCGCCAUCGUCCUUUCGAUCUGCGGGCUGCCCGGAAAGCUUUUGCAACAAUCAACCGGAAGCGCAUCGCAUCGACUGGAUCAACAA